AAAAACGAGGAAAGAAGGGAAUGGAAAAAAGAAGCUAAAACUCAAGAAAUUUUAAAUCCUGUAAUUGACUUUGUGAGGAUCAUGGAAAAUAGGGAGAAAGGACGAGGAAAGAAAUGAAUGGAAAGCAUAAUCAUUUAUCCUGUAAGAAUGCUCUUAGUCUUUGUGAGGAGAAAAAACGAGGAAAGAAGGGAAUGGAAAAAAGAAGCUAAAACUCAAUAAAUUUUAAAUCCUGUAAUUGACUUUGUGAGGAUCAUGGAAAAUAGGGAGAAAAGACGAGGAAAGAAGGGAAUUAAUGGAAAAAAGAAGCUACAACUAUAUAAAGAAGUCUCAUUUGAAGGCUUUGGAAAGCCUCCUUUGGAUUAGAAGCAUUUGAUAAAGCCAGGUUUUGAUCCUCUUUUUUGGUGUAAUGAUAUCUGCAGAAGUUUGUGGGUGAACCGGAAGACAAUUUUUGGGUUUCCAAUACCUGAAUAUAUAUAUUUCCUUUCAAGAACAGAAGGAAGAAGGGCAGUAGAGGUACACAAUCACUAAUGGCUCCUGAAUUGGAAGAUUUCGACCUCACAGGACCGAAACAGCUCGCUGUUGUUGACUGGAGAAAUAAUCAUCACUGCCGGGCAGUUGCUGCCAGCCUGGUUCAGGGAGCAUACAAUUCAGAACAUAAUCGCCAGAAAUCCCAAGAUCCCAAAGUUCAGAGUUCCCGUUGGUGGUGCUCCUUUCAUUUUGAGGUAAAACGUGUGCUCAUAGAUGAUAAAGAUUCAUCCAUCUACGGUGUCGUUUAUGAAUUCAAGCACACAAACCCUAACAGUUUGCCAGAAUGCGCCCCAAAGUGUGUGAUUGCCUUUCGUGGAACAAUCCUCAAAUCUAGCUCCGCAAAACAGGAUAUGAAGUUGAAUAUCAAGCUCUUGACUGCUGAACUUCGCAAGGACAACUCUCGCUUUAAACCCGCGCUGGCCGCUGUCAAAGAAGUUGUUCAAGAAGCUGAGCCUGCAAAUAUUUGGUUAGCAGGACAUUCCCUGGGGUCGGCCAUUGCAAUGCUGGUUGGAAAAUCCAUGGCCCAGGAGGAGGGAAAGUAUCUCAAAACUUUCCUUUUCAAUCCGCCUUUCUUGAGGUCUUCCCUCUCAAUGAAUAUCAACAGUCCACGUUUGGAGAAUGUAAUCUGCUCAACAAAGAAUGUUAUCAAAGCUGGGAUCUCUUUUGUUGGGGGUGAUCAUUUGUGGCAGGAACGACAUCACCAAUUUAAUAAAUUGUCUCCUUGGAUCCCCUACCUGUUUGUGAACAAAGACGAUCCUAUUUGCUCAGGGUAUAUAGACCAUUUUGGAAAUAGGAAGAUCGAAUCUGAGAUAUGUUCAAUAAGGAGUGCAUUAAGAGCUGCAGUUGGGAUAGAUCCACAACUACCCGUACAUCUACUUCCUAAAGCAUAUCUAACUAUUAGCGAGAACUCAUCCUCAUGCGAUGUUUUGGAAGCUCAUGGACUAAAACAAUGGUGGUACCAAAUGUCUAUAGGGCCGGGCUUUGCAAAUUCACCAAUGAAGGUAUCGAUAGGUGAUACCAAACUCGUGGGUGAACCCUGAGCACACUCCAUGAGUAUUGAUGGAGUAAUCGGUAACAGAUGCCAAGUGAAAGGGUGCAACCUUUUACCCAGUCUAUUCAGGAUGUUGUGAUCUUUGAUUUUUUCGUCUCAGGUAUAAAUUUAGUUCUUCUUAUGGUAUGUGAACUCAUGAUUAGUGCAAUUUCAAACAUUUUACUUUUCCUGCAAUUGUGUUACCUUUGGUUUUAGGCAUGUAUACCUUGUUGGAAAAUGUUUCAAAUUCUGUUGAUAUAUGUUUUUGUUCCUAAUUAGCAUAUGUUUAUAUAUUUUGGUAAAGAAUAAUAUUGUAGAGAAUAUUUUUUA